UCUCUCGAUCGCGCGCAGCUGCCGUAUAGAUCUCUUUCCUCGUUUGCCGCUCGGUCGCGCGUUUUUGCCGAUCGCGACGCCUUACUGCCCGAUAUUCGCUCUUCUCUUAUUAACAAAAGUACAAGUUAUCGGGGAGUACGAGUGCCCUGCAUUGCAGUGAUAUCCUUUUCGAGUAACUUUUUUUCCCCUAUUUUGGCCCUUCCCGUAUAGUUACCGAUUUUUCCCGACUAUCACACCGCAAAAUAGAUUGUUUUUCAAGUAUACGCGUACAUGUCGAGCAAUCGGCAACGAUCGGCAUCGGCCAACAAGAGGCGACAACCCUAGUGUACUUUUUACGAGACGAUCCGGAAAAUCCGCCCAAAAACAUAAGGUCUUAAUGGAAGGGACAACGACGGGUGGUGGGGCUCAUUGUCGCGGUGGUGCAGGCGACGGAGCCGACAACGAGGACGAGAUCGAGGGGAGGUGAGGUGGUGCCCUUCGAGGAGGAGACAAUGCCGGGGGAGCAAGCACAGAAAAAUAACACCGGCACGGCAACUGGCGUCUGUCGCAUCUGUUACGAAGAUGCGGCAUCGGAGGAGCUGAUAGAGCCGUGCGAGUGCUCGGGCACCCUGGGCCUCAUCCACGCGAGUUGUCUGGAAAAAUGGCUAUCCACCUGGAACACCGAUCGCUGCGAGAUCUGCAAGUACACCUUCGCGGUCGAACGGAGGACAAAGUCUCCGCGCCAGUCAGUCAAACAGUGGUGGUGGACCCGAGGUCUGUACGGUCCCCAAGGGGUAACGGGCGACGCCGUGUGCCUUAUCGUCCUGACUCCCCUGUGUCUCGCGGCAACGUACCUCUGCGGCGUCGGAGCCAGUGCUUACGCUCGGCUCGACUCCUGGGAGGGCACGGGCUUGGCCAUUCUCUGCUGCAUGCUCGUCAUCACCUACUUUCUCUGGCUAUUCGUCACCAUGAGAUUUCACUACAAAUCGUGGAAGCAGUGGUGCCGGCGCAACCAAGAAGUCAAGCUGCUCGCCAAAUGUAAAUUAAGCGACGAGGAUCGGAAAAAAGCGCUCAACCGGCAGCAGCGCGGUGGUGAGAGGCCGGCAUCGACUAGCGAACUCGACAGGCUCUGCGGAUGGUUUGAUUUCUCCUUCAGUCGACGUCCCGAGCCGAUUUUCAAUUUUCACCAGCAAACGACCUUCGUGUGACCCGAAAUAUAUAUAUAUAUAUCUUUUUUUUUUUUUUUUUCCCCACGUAUAUAAUGUACGGUAACUACGGAUUUUUACUGGCAAUACAGUUGUGUGUAUGUAAGUGAGCAAGUAAAAAAAGGGUGACCGCGUGAUUUUUUUUUUUUUUUAUCAAAGCUGCUCCACCGUGGAAUAUAUUUGUGACUGUUUGAGAUUCAUAUGAUUUUUUUUAGUCCUGUGUAAAUAACAUGAUAUAACAUACGUUACAACAAGUAGUGGUAAGCCUUUGCGGUAAUUAUUUUUUUAAUCGUAUAUUGUACAAUGAUAAUACAUGCCUAUACGUGUUCAUACUCAAUAUGUUUAAUGCAUGUACAGAUACAUAUAUAUGUAUAUAUUGUUAUGUGCAUAGCUUAUACGUGUAGUUAAGAGUUUCUCCGUUGUGGCGAAUUGUGUAUAUGGAGCUUAAAAACAAAAAAAAAAAAUACUCGACUGUAGCUUUUAAAAUUCCCGUUAACUUAUUUUGCAAAAUGCAUUAUAUUAUUAUUCUGCCACAAUAUCGCACAAGUGAAUAAAAUUAUACGGCCACGUGUAUUCCAUUCGUUGACUUUUUAAUACUCGCGUAUCGAGUUAAACGACCGUACAUGUGUGAGUGUGUGGAAGCAACCAAUCACAAUCAGCGUGCACAUGUUGUGCAUUUACCUUCCGAUCAUUAAUAACUUUCACGUAAACUACAUUAUAUAUAUGUACCAACAAUCGAGACGGUGACAGUUUUUGUACUUUUUUUUUUUUUUUUUUUCGUGCCAAGGUCUUUGCGUCGGGAAGGGAGGCCUUUUUUUGUGUACCAAGGGACAUUCUUGUGCCUGGCGAGUCGUCAAACAUGCGUCUAGUCGACAUUGAUUCGUUUCCGAAGGAAGAAAAAAAAAAAAAAGAUAGAAACAAACAAACUUUUGUGGAAAAAAAAUAAAAUAAAAUAAAACAUUAAGAAAAAUUUACUCGACGCUUCCAGAUUUGUUGUUUCAGUGGUAAAACAGUUGGAGAAAGCGCUUUUCAAUAAAUUGAUGCAAAAAGAAUUAUUCACGCUUUUUUUGAUCAAGAUAAUUUAACCCAACUAAUUUUCAGUUGUAAAUCUGAUAACUUACAAAAAUCUCGUUCGCGGGACAAAUUAAUUAUUUAAUGACAAGUUAUUUCAAAACCAUUAAAAAGCAUACAAUAAAACUGUUGAACUCGUUUGUGAACAUAUCAUUAUUGUAUUAUUAACGGUAAGAAUAAUUUAUUUGAAGAAAGACAUAUUUUUUUUCAUAAAGACUUAUAUACUUUCUUAAAACGAAUUCAACCGCAUUAUA